GGGGACUGGCGCGGGAGGAGAAGAUGGCGGAGGCCGAGUGAGUCCCGGGGCUGCCGCGGCGGCGCCCGCGCAGUGGGGGGCGGCCGGGUGGAGACCGAGGGCGGCUCAGAGCUGAGGGUUUGGGUAGCUCCUAAUUGAAAUCCCAACUACAAGUAAAUCCUCCUCAGUGAGCCUGUCGGAUGCCUGUGAGAGCAUAAGAAGUCAUGGCGGAAAAUGAUGCAAAGCCAACAUUACCAAAAAAGAGUGGUCCAUACAUUUCAUCUGUAACCAGUCGUGGCAUGAAUUUGGUAAUUCGUGGUAUAGUGCUGUUUUUUAUUGGCGUAUUUCUUGCAUUAGUGUUAAACUUGCUUCAGAUCCAGAGAAACGUUACUCUCUUCCCCCCUGAUGUGAUCACAAGCAUCUUCUCCUCAGCUUGGUGGGUCCCACCUUGCUGUGGCACAGCAUCAGCUGUGAUUGGGUUAUUGUACCCAUGCAUGGACAGACAUCUGGGAGAGCCACAUAAAUUUAAGAGAGAAUGGUCCAGUGUAAUGCGGUGUGUAGCGGUCUUUGUGGGAAUAAAUCAUGCCAGCGCUAAAGUGGAUUUUGCCAACAAUAUCCAGUUGUCUCUCACGUUAGCAGCCCUGUCAAUUGGGCUGUGGUGGACAUUUGAUAGAUCACGAAGUGGCUUUGGUCUUGGAGUAGGAAUUGCUUUCCUGGCCACGUUGGUGUCACAGCUUCUGGUCUACAAUGGAGUUUAUCAGUACACAUCUCCAGAUUUCCUCUAUGUUCGUUCCUGGUUGCCAUGUAUAUUUUUUGCUGGUGGAAUAACAAUGGGCAAUAUUGGCAGGCAGCUGGCGAUGUAUGAAUGCAAAGUCAUUGCAGAGAAGUCUCACGAGGACUGAGGAGAAACAAUAUGCACCUUUAAAGCAGGAAAAUAUCUAAUAAAUGACUGUUGGAGGAGCAUAAGGAACACUUGACUAUGAAAUUGCCAAAAUGCAAUUUUUUUUCUCUUCAGUGGUAUAUUUUACUGCAAUCUGUGAUUGCUGCUUCUAUAGAAACCUUAAUGUCUGAUUUUUUGAUUACUGUGAAGUUCCAAUAGUAUGCAAUACAUUUGAUAAUGUUGGUUCAAUUAUAGGAUUCUUUUUUCCAAAUCUAAGCUGAGUUUACCAUAACUUCUUGUCUGUCCACAAUGUUGCAGUGCCAAACUGAACCUUUGCACUAUGUUUCUGUAGCUGCAACUUCUGCUUCACUUUAUCUUGAAAGUUUUGAGGAAUUUCUUCUUAACAGCUCAGUGAAAAAUAUGGGAUUCAGACUUAGGAAUGAAGAUCUUCUCUUUAUAUGAUGAUAGCUAGUAAUGCAUUUAAGAAAUUCAUGGAUUGCAAGUGGGCCUUGAUGCAAUAAGUAACUGAUUUCUGCCUAUUAACGCACUAUCAUUCAUAUCACAGAUGAGGAGGCUUAGUAUGAAUUGUGUGGGUUAUUGCUGUAUCAUUUCAUUUGUUUGUGAUCUGUGUCCAGUAUCACAUCCCGAACACGGAAGUGGAAACUGAGGCUGGAAAUUCUUGCUCUUUUUCCUCUGGAACAAAAGAUAUACAUGCUCGGAUACGGAUUUGUGUUGGACCAUCAUCAGAUGUGGACAAACUCUCUGAAAUUACUGUUUGUAUUGAGUAACAGGAUGCAGUUCAGUUCAUUUUUACUCUAAAGGGUGGUGAGGUGCAGAAACAGGCUGCCCAGAGAAGCUGUGCAUGCCCCAUCCCUGAAGGAGUUCAAGGCUGAGUUGGAUGGGGCCUAGGCAGCCUAAGCUGGUGGGUGGCAACCAGCCCACAGCAAGGGGUUGGGCCAUGUUUAUGGGUUUUUUAUUAUGAAACUUUAUUCUGCUGAACUAAAUCAGCCACUACCAUAUAGUGUCAGAAAGACCUCCAUUACCAAUGCUAUUCAUUAUAGUUCUUGUCUCCCCUGCAAACGGAACAGGGAAAAGACAAAGGCUGUAUUUUAGGUACUGAAGUAGCCCUUUUCGCUGUAACUGUGGUCCAGGCACUCAAAUACAUUUGUUCUCAUAGCAACUUUCUGAAGUAGAGAGGUACUGUUGCCCUUAUUUUACAGGUGCCUAUGCACAGAAAGUCUGACAGGACAAAGCUGAAACAGACCAUAUCCUAAAUCUGUUCUCUUCUUGAGAAGGACUUUAGUGUGACCCAUGGUCAUGGACAUACAUGGAAUUUCUUCAUGUUGGCUUUGCAGCUCCCUGUUAAGAUCCUGAGACAAAAGCAACAGUGCAAGAAGGCAGAAAGGAGACCUGAAGAGGAUUCUGCCAGCCUAUGCCAGCAGUGAAUUUGGUGUGAAAUGUCUCUGCUUUGUUACCCUCCUAUUUCUGUGUUAAUGUUGUUUUAAUGUGCUGGUUAGUUGUUUGUCUUGAAGUAUAUUUUUUAAAUCUUCUAUGAAAGGUUUAUAAGAAAUGUUACAGUCACCUAAGGAGACUGGAGUUGGUCCAAAGAACAAAUAGAUGUUUAGACAAGCUUUUAUUAAUAAAUGUGUAUAUGCAUUGUACACAAAGCUUGAAAUAGGAAACUCUUUUUCAGUCUUACACACUUAUUCUAAGCCUGAAAAGUAUGCAUUGGAGUGCUUCCAAAAAUGUUGGCCACGAGAAGGAAAAUUUAUUGAUUGGAAAAAUGUAAAAGCAUUAAUCAAAUGAUGUACUUGGUUCUUGGAGCUUGGUUCUGCAGCUCCACUCUUCCAUUAACUUAUUAGGGUUCCAUGACAAUUCUUCACCAAAAAGCACUCUUGUGUUUGGUAAUGGCUCAAGGAAGCACUUGUAGAUGCUCUUGAUUAUAAACUGACAUAGAACAUGUUGCAGCAGGCUCCUGACUACAGAUUUGCUUUUAAUCAGACCGUGUGAUAAUAAAAAUCAUUUAAUGAAUAACACAAAGAAACCUUUUGAGCAUGAAGUGAGUUUCCUUAGGCAGGCUCUGGCAACCCACUGAGAAUAAAAACUUCUCCUUUCCGUGCAGUAUUUGGCCUGAUCUGCCUUCUUCACUUGAACAGAUGGUUUCAGCUUGGUAAGCAGCAUGGUGAGUCCCUCUCGGAUUGUCAAGGUGCAAGUGGCAUAAAGAUGCAGAUGUUGGUUCUUAUCGUAAGCAGAGAAAAACAGUACCUCAGUCAGUGUGGUGACUUGGUGAACGAUUCGCUUUCAUCCUGACCAGUAAGUGUGUACAACUGGAGAGGAGUUGUUUGUGUUAGUCACUUGGUGAUAGAGCUGCUUCUACUGCCAGUCGAAAUAUUUACACAGAAGCCUUGUGGAUGUUCAAAUGUGUGCAGUAUGUGAGAAGUGGUUAUUGUGCAUUUGUGGCACACACUUUAAAGCACUUUGCACUCAGAUUAUCUCAACACGAUCAGACUGUGCUGUCAGCUACCUUUUAAAUUUCAUUUUGGAAAUUUUGAGCGUGUCAUGCAAAGGCAGCAGUCAUCCAAAAUACCUUUGGGUGGAGUCCUUUAUUACAUGUGUUUUAUCUUCUAUUGUUGUUUCACUGAAGUUGCUGCAAGAUUUGAGAUCUUGGAUGUGUCUUUUUUUUUUUCUCCAAACUGCAUUGUAACUUUAUGGCUGAUGUGUUCAAACCCUGAGAAAGGUCCAAGAUGAGAAUGCAGAUACGGCCUUAACUGUAGUGGUGUGAACAUGCUGCUACUGUAUAGCAUGUAAUUAUAGACCGUCUUUAAAAUGUUGUUCAAUAGAGAAUAAAUAAGGUAUAUUUUAGAUACAACUUUAUUAACACUGUAACCUCUUCACUAAUUAAGCAUUGUAAGCUCUAUGCUGUUGAAACUGGCAAAUUGCUGUUAAAAGCAAAAUGUGCAUUAAAUACAACUAUAACCUUG